UAUUUGUUUACAGCUCAAAGUUUCUUGCUUCAUCAACUUCAAUGUAUGUUUUUCCCUUGUCUGUGAUUUUUACAUAUUAGUUUUCUGUUAAUUACAAGUACAUUUUACUGAUAUAUAUAAUGUAUUGAAUAGUUUUAAAAGCAGUAAAAAAGUUGAACCCAGAGACUUCUUUUAAUUCAAUAAUGGAGUGUUACAUUUAGAAUGAGUUGUCUUUUCCCUUUAACUUAAAUUUUCAAUUGCAGAUUCUCUGAUCUUCUGUCAAAAUUCCCGUUUAUAUUCUAUUUUCGUACCUAAAUUUACUUUCCUGAAACAAAGGAAUUAAUUCAAAUCCAUGCUUAAUCUCACGUUUAUGGACCUGGUCUUUAGCGUGUUAUAAUCUCAAUCUUUGCUCAUGAAAUCUCGUAACAAAUAUUCAUGGAGGAUUUCAGGUUCACGGAUAAGUCAGCAAAAAGUAAAACAGUUCGUACUUGAGGCCCCUGUCUUGUUUUUCAUUUCGGAAAUUCUGAAAUAUGGAGUCGAUGAAAUUGAUGUUUCAGAAGAAAAGCUCAGAGUCGACUGAGACGAGAAGGCAUAGGCACAAAUGGAAGAUUUCCCUUUACAGACUGUCUUCAUCAAUUACUGCCACAAAAACACAACAACAAGAGUCGAAGAAACUGUUGCAGACUCCCAAGGAAUUUCUUUGUCUCAUUUCAGGCGUUUUAAUGGCUGAACCGGUUAUAGUUUCUUCUGGUCACACCCUUGAACGAGCCUGUGUUCAUGCAUGUAGAACUUUAGGCUUCUGUCGAACUUUAGUGGACGGUACCGCACCAGAUUUCUCCACUGUCAUCCCUAACCUCGCGCUCAAGUCCACCAUUCUCAACUGGUGUGAAAAAAAUUCCUUAAACCCUCCAAAACCUAUUGAUAUGUUAUCUGCAGAAAAGCUUGUUUCUGCAUUAAUGGCGAGUACUCAUAAAAAGGAACAAAAAGAAAACCUUUCAGAGAAUUUCAGUCAAGCUGUCUCUGACUCAACUCGUCGUCCCGGUCGAUUCUUCUCCAGUUCAUCAUUAGAGGAGUACUCCGCCGUAGCCGCCACCACCACCACCCUGCCAACAACUCCUCCUCUGCAGCUUGCAACUCGACCCAGUUGCUACUCUUCUUCCUCCUCGUCCGAGCUCGAAACGUUAACCCCUCUACAAACUCAAGUCGAUUCAGAAGAAGAAUUUGUCAGAAAACUUAAGAGGCAGCAAGUUCACGAACUGGAAGAAGCCGUAAUUUCACUAAGAAAAAUCACGAGAACGAGAGAAGACACCCGGGUCAAUCUCUGCACCACGCGUUUACUCUCGGCCCUACGAUCUUUAAUCAUCUCCAGAUAUACCAACAUUCAAGUGAACUCAGUCGCUGCAAUGGUGAACUUAUCGCUGGAGAAAGCCAACAAAGUGAAGAUCGUAAGGUCAGGGAUCGUUCCGCCGUUGAUUGAAGUGUUAAAGGGAGGAUCUCCGGAGGCUCAGGAGCACGCUUGCUGUGCGAUCUUCAGUUUAUCUCUAGAAUAUAGCAACAAAACCGCCAUUGGAGUCCUCGGAGCUUUGCCGCCUCUUCUGCACUUGUUACGUUCAGAGAGUGAACGGACUCGGCAAGACUCGGCCUUGGCUUUGUACCAUCUUUCGCUCGUCAAAAGUAACGGAACAAAAUUAGUUAAACUUGGGUCGGUUAAUGUGUUACUGGAAUUGGUGAAGUCCGGCCAGAUGGUGGGUCGGGUCCUGAUCAUACUGGGAAACUUGGCAGCGUGCCCGGAUGGGCGUGUCGCAUUGCUGGACUCUGGUGGGGUGGAGUGCAUGGCGGAUAUCUUGAGAGAUAAUAACGAUUUGAGUGAGUCAACUCGGUCGAGUUGUCUGAAUGUGUUGUAUGGAGUGAGUCACGUGGGGUUGAGGUUCAAGGGGCUGGCGAAGGCAGCCAAAGUGGCAGAGAUACUGCAGAAAAUCGAGAAAGGAGGGAGCGAACAAACGACAAAAAAAAUAAAAAGGAUAUUAGAGACAAUGAAAGGAAAAGAGGAAGAAGAGGAGGAGGAUAUGGAUUGGGAGAAAUAAAUUGCGUCAAACAAGUUUUGGGAGGGGUAAGUGGAUUGUAAAAAAUUCGUCUAAGUUUUGAAGUUAUAGUACAAGCAAUAUUACGUGAAUUCAAUCAUCAAAUUCAUUCAAUCAAUGAUGAUAAUGUAUCAUUUAAAUAACAUUGUUUUACUUUGAUGAAAUGAAAGUAUUAAGAUUCUUUGGUUGUA